ACCACCGCCGCUCAGACGCAUCGCUUCCAGGCGCCGAACCGGGUCGGACCUUUUGAUAUAUUAAACAUCCCGGCGUAGUCCAGCGCUUCACUUUGCAAAACAACAGCACGACCGAGGGGUUCCGCGGCGGGUCUGUUGUUGUCAGCGGUGGGAAGACGAGCCCGCUCGGUCACAUCCAGUGCGUGGAGGUGACCCCUGUGAUGCAGCUAUGCAUGUUCCUGGGUGGAUUUUAACUCUAACCUUUACCUGGUGACAGAACAUUGGACUUUUUCCUUUCUGUCACCACCUGACUGGUACAGUCUCUGCAGCACUGGGCGGGAAAAGCAAGUGAGACUGAAGGGGCCGUAGUUCUUGUGGUGGUGGUGACAGAAAAGUAGAGCCACCCUGUCAGCACGUUGGUGGCACGUGAGACAGGAUGACCAGCCUAUUCAGACGCAGCAGCAGCAAUGGAGGCUCCAGAAGCAACGGAAGUGGUGACGGGAGCGGCAGUGGUCAGGGUCAGCUCAACAACAGCAGAUCCAACCGGCUGGUCCGACGCUUGGAGUUCAACCAGGCCAUGGAGGACUUCAAGACCAUGUUCCCCACUAUGGACUAUGAGGUGAUUGAGUGCGUGCUGCGCUCCAACAACGGAGCUGUGGACGCCACCAUCGACCAGCUGCUCCAGAUGAGCAUUGACGGACAGGGCUCGGAUGACAGUUCGGAUUCAGAUGACAGUAUCCCACUAGAGAUUCUGGAGCGAACACUAGAACCUGACAGUUCUGAUGAGGAACCGCCUCCAGUCUACUCUCCACCGACGUAUGAUAUGCACAUUUAUGACAGGAAAUAUCCAGAGACCCCACCAACACCCCCACCCAGAUUUGAAGUCCAGCCACCUCCCGGUCACCAGCAGGUCCGAAGCUACCGGAACUGGAACCCUCCAAUGCUUGGAAACCUCCCGGAUGAUUUUCUACGUAUUUUGCCGCAGCAGUUGAACAGUAUAAAGCAGGGUUCUCAGAGCAGUGUGUCCCAGCCUUCAUCGUCAACCUCUUCAGUUUCUCCAAUAAGCCAGUGGACAGCCCAGUCCAGCUCUCGGUCCGGAGCUGCAGGGACCACUGGAGGUGCGGGAUUGACAAUGGGCGGCUCCGAACAAGACAAGAAACUGAAGCAGUACCUGGAUGACGAGCGCAUCGCCCUCUUCCUCCAGAACGAGGAGUUUAUGAAAGAGCUGCAGCGCAACCGCGAGUUCCUCAUCGCCUUAGAGAGAGAUCGCUUGAAGUAUGAAUCAAAGAAAUCAAAGUCCAGUAAUUCAUCUAGCAUGGAGAGUUCCACAGGAGAACAGCACACUGCGGCUUCAAUGGAGGCCAUCUCAGAUGACGCUCUGUUCAGAGACAAACUCAAACUCAUGGGCAAAUCAACGAGAAAGAAGCUGUUUGAAAUUGCCAGGACGUUUUCAGAGAAGACAAAGAGGAGAAAGUCAAAAAGAAGGCUCCUGAAGCACCAUUCACUGGGCACAGCCAACUCUACAGCCAAUCUCCUGGACAAUGUGGAGGGAAACCCCUGUGACGAAGAUGGUCAACGGAGGAAGGCAAACACUCAGGAAGAGACUGAACAACGUAAUGAGCCGAUAUCAUGAUCCCCCCGUGCUGCACCAUGUCAGGGUUACCAUGGAGAAAGCAACAUGACCCAUGGGUGGUGGCCUUGCAGCUCUUCCAGUCUCCACCGGCCCACCCCCACCCUCAUCCAGACCAGCCAAUACAAGGCUCAGCAAUGAGUUGAGCCCCCGCCCCUCCCUUCCCUUCCCUUCCUUUACCCAGGGAGCAGAAAUGGGCUGUUCCCAGCACUGGGCUGACUGUCUAUAAACGUCUUAUCUGUAUUAUAACACUUUGUUGAUAUAUACUUUUAAAUGUAAAGGAAAAAAGCAUUAGUCCUCACCAGUAUUUGUUAACAGCUUACUUUAGUUUCUUGAGAGGAAACACACACCUUGUGAACCUUUGUUACUUCUCCUGUUGUGUCCAGUAGCAGAAUAUAUGUCUGUGAGCAGGGUCCCUCAGUUCGGGCAUUUCAAAUCCAAAGUGUGCACAUUCCCCUUUAUAUACACUCAACCAUGUAAAGCUCUUUUUUACCAUGUUUUCUUAUCCAGAUUGUGAUAUUUUGCUGUUUCUCAACGUCAGGGGUUAUGGAACAGAAACUCUUUGCUGUAAGAACAUUGUGGCCGCUCGUGAUGUAGGUCACCCGAUCCCAGUUAAAAGAUGGUGCUCCUUUUAAAGAACGACUGGUUUGGUUUGUUUGUCAGAGUGCAGACCAGUCUAUUGUAGCAGCACGGGUGAGAGCUGUGAUGAGAUAUGUGGUGAGAACAUUAAACAUGGGUGGCAGACCUGGGUGUCACACUUUCAAAUAGCAAACGGCAUGAAACUUUAAUCCCAGCAUACAAGCUGGGGUCGUUUGAACCGAGAGAGGUAUUUUAUAUGUCAGUCAGCCCAGCUGAUGUCGUCAGAGUGGGUGUCACAUCCCUACACAACAACAACUUCAAUGACAUGAGCAUGUGUGGUUUGAUGGCAGAGAAGCAGAAGGGACAAAUUAGAAAUGUUUACCAGUGACUCCUGCUGGUUGCUUUUGGUACCAUCACCCCUACACGGCCCAUGGUGACCGCUGUCUCUUGCAGCAUAGCAGAAAGAGUGAGCCACAUAAAAAGUAUAAAAAUAAUAGAAAAAAAUAAAUAAAGUGCUCGUCAGAUCAAAUGCUGACGAGUGGCUACCAGAUGUCAACAUCUACCUCCUCCUACCCAUAAGCCCUUGCAUUUCCAGGGUCCUGCCCUGUUGGUUUGCUUAAUGUUUUCUUUCAUGCCACCUCCAGAGGAACUUUGCUGAUAAUCUAUCAAGUUUCCACAACUCUUAGGUUAAAUGUUUUUUGCAAGAAGUUGAUGAAAUCCAAGUUGUCCUUCUGAGCUCUUUGCUGUAUCUCAUGUCGUCCCUGUCCUCUCCCAGCGAGUCACGUCAGAGAAUUGUGAUGGUCACGUGUGUGUGUUUGGGAGGAUGACACUGAAGUUGGGGGAAAUGAAAACAAAAAAAAAUUGCUUUUGAGGUUUUCAUCCUCACCGUUCUGCUGUGCAUUUCCUUUGUAUGUGUAGAUGUGAAUCUAGCAUGGUUUAGAGAAGUAGUACCAGACUGAUGUAGCCUGUGUGAACAGAGGAUGUCGGGAGAGGAACACUAAGCGUAAAUGUGUGUAGUAGAAUUGCAUUGAAAAGAUUUCUUGGGAAAGUGUCUGGAUUUCAGAUGUAUACAAUUUAGAAGAAUUUACUUUCUCCCUUUUGUACAUAAAACUUUUUUUUCUCAUCACUUUUGGAUUAUUAUUCUCAGUUAUGUGAACGUUCUCUCUCCCCUUUGAUUAAAAGUAUUAACAAACUAUUUGCUGAUUCAGUGAUGAGCAAAGUUUGAAUGUUGGGCAGUGUUUUUAUGUAAGUAACCCGCCAAUGGACCAUUUCAGUGUAAAUGCAUGUAGACCAUUUACUGUAAGCUCCAUUUAUGAAUACUUUUAUAUGAGCCGUGGAUCAUGAUGAUGUGAAAAUGUGGGAACCACCGGACCAAUCACCACCGCUCGGAUAAAACACCUCCUGUGGAGAACCAAAUAGCAACUAGCUCGGUAACAUAAUGGCUCAUUUUCAGCCAAAAUGACAAAUGGAGACCAAAACUGAGCAAAAAUAUAAAAACCACAAAACUCUCAGAGUUAUGUGGGGAGGGGGUGUAUCUUGGUCUGGCUUAGGUUGUGGAAAAUGGGACACAUGGUCAGUUGUGUCGCAUUGUGUUAUCGGGUGAUCAGUCCUCAGCUUGUGUUCAAUUGUCCCUGAAAUCUGCAAAGUUCCAGAGAACAGGAGACCGCUGACAGGUGUUAUGCUUCCCAUUGAAUCCAGUAUCCGUCAUUCCACUUGAGCCAAAUCCAUUGGCUGUGAUCUGUCAGUCGCUUCUGAGGCUGACCUGAUGGUCUGUUGUGGCGCCCAGCAGUGGUUUCCCAUCUCUGUCAGAAGUCCGUUGGUAGAAGAAGCCACAAAUCCUUACUGAUUAACAGGUGUCAGUGUCGUAAGCACGACUUCAAAUGAACCCUUGUGUUGCUCUGUGGGUGCUCGAUGUGUCGCUUCUCUGUCCUCACACAUUUUUAUCAACUUCAGAAAGCAAUAUGUAGCAAUUUUACGUCUACUGCUGCCAACCAGUGGCCAGAAAGAAACAAAGUUAGCUUUAAGGAAUGGGCUGAAACAUGUUAAACCAGUUAUCUGGUCAGGGUUGACCUCUCUUAUUCAGGAAAUGGUUGUUGUUCAUAUUCUCAUUUAAUGUUUGAAGAGUGAAUUCUAAAAGCAGAAGAGAGAGACACAGUGUUGGGCUGUAGCGAGUGUGAGGGCAGCGACAUGACUGUUGUUGACCUGCUGUCCAACGCUCGCUCCUGCAGGUUGUGCUUCCAGGCCGACCCACACUGGUUCCACUUGGCAGCACCUCACGAGUAGAUUUCACAGCGUCACCGGAAGACUGGUGGUGCUGCUCCUGUGUAUGUGUUGGACAGUCGGCAGGUUGAGGUGCGGAUUAAGAGGAGAGAGAGAGAGCAGUGUUUCUGUAAGAAGUUAAUCCACAAAGCAAUCCCUCCAUCAGAAUUACCCGGACGUUGGCUUGUGAGAGUCGCCUCAUUUCUCACUGAGAUUUCAGCCCCAGCUUGUUUGAACGCUGAUGAGAUCAACUUGCAGAGUUUUCCUUUUGAAGAUCAGAGAGAAUUUUCAAUGGACAUUUAUCGGCUUUUGGGGAAUUGAACUAGCAUGACAGGCACAGUUGCUUCCAUAAGGAUUCGGGCAGUGAUAAUUUAUGAGUUUGCCUUUGUACACCACCACAGUGAAUAUGGAAUGGAGACGUGAAUGAAGUAUAUAUAUAUAUAUAUAUAUAUAUAUUUAAUUUUCAUAGGCUCAACAGAGAAAAUAACAUUACUAUAAAAUGUUAUUUUCAAUGCUUGGAUAUUGCUGUCCACACCAGUCUGAGGUCUGGAGGUCAUUGACAUUAUUAGUAUAACCAGUUAAAAUAGGUUUAAUGAGGCAACCCGACGACCACACAUGUCUUAAGAAGGCUGAGGGGGAUUGGCUGCUUUUGUUUCACACGCACUCCCUCACUGUCACUUUUGACUCCACAUGUACACAAUAUCAACCCACGCUCACAUAUCCACGGCCUGUAACACUUUGUGGAGAAGAACAGUGUCUGAGGCUCUUUUAGGAUCCACUAGUGGUCUCUGAGCUGAGCUGUUAGAGGCUAUAUUUAUCUGACUGUUGUUGUGGGGAAGCUGUUGAUGUGUUCUCCUCUCAGGGACCCCUCCCCCCCACCACAUACCGCCACCCCCACCCCCACCUGUCCAGAGUUAUUCUGCUCCACUUUGAUUAGUUUGACACACCUGACGAGCACAGAUCUGCCAUUCAGGUUAUUCAUGUGAACUUAAAGCAUCAUUUCGACUGUUUGGCCAGAGUGUAACAUAAAGGAGACCAGGAUUACUUUUUACCUAAGAUGAUGCAAAAGAGUUUGAGAAAUAAGUUCAAGUUGCUUCCUCUUCUCGUCGGUCACGUCACAUUCAGCUUUUCUGUUUUAAAGUUACUCACUAAAUGAUUAGUCUUCCGAUACACAGAGCAUGAUUUCAAAGAUGUCCACAUGUGACCGAGCACUAAAGGGAAAAUCCCCAAAGAACGACCCAACUCAAACCACGUGGUGCUUCACACUCCAACACGCUGGUAUUUGAAACUUGAACACCCUCCUUAUGAAAGAUUUUCAAAACACAACUCGUCAGAAAUGACAACUUAGUACAAAGAUAAAGAAUAUUGCUUUAUAAUUGAAUCUUAUGCUGCAAUCAUAAAAUACAUGAAUUAACUGAUGUGGGUGCCUGUCAUUUACAAUCACAGUUCAGUUUGCGUUGAAUUACUUCAAACAAGGAAGUCUUGUUUUCACCCCCUGUCUGUUUUACACAGAAGCAACUGAAUGCAUUACCACCACACUUGAUGGUAGGCUGUGGUUUGGGUCAGGGAAGAACUCACUUAGGUUUGGUUGUCACUUUGGUUGUAGAUCUGAACCAGGGGGCACAUCCAGUAUUUUUUUCUUAUAUAGUAACUUCUUUAAAAUUAACAGGUAGAACUUUUUCACAGCUAGCCCAGGGAAUAAUUCAUGGAUCUUUUAGGAUAUUUAUGGUGGAAUUUGUUUCUGCUUGAUUGAAUUUAACUGUUGGUGCAGGUAUGCGCUCUACCAAGAGUCAUCCUAGUUAACAGACUGUCUUCAAUUUAAAGACAUGAUCAGUGUGCAGCCAAAAAAAGAAAUGAGACCCGGAUCCCAGUGAAACGCCCAGUUGAUCCGGUUGUGUUAGAAGAGUCAGACUCCAUACAGCCACUGUGUGGGUGGGACUGUUAUACAUAUUAAAAAAAACAAAAGAAAAUAUCCAUCAUCAGUUAUUGCUAUGUAGGAAAAUAUAUAUAUUUUAUAUCGUAUUAAAGGUUUUUGAAAAUUUAGUUUUAGCUAAAAUCAAUUUAAUAUUUUGAUUUUGAGUUAAUUUAAUAUCUCUAAAACUUUCUGUUGAAUAAUAAAUGCUGAACAUUCUGCCACUGGUACACUCCUCAUACCAAUAACAGUUUGAGGGAAAGGGCCUGUAGAAGUCAUUUGGGUGGAUUUUCUCUUUAGUCUGAAUUCUGAUUGGCUCAGUCAGUCGAUGUUGGCUGACUUGGGUGUUGAUGCUCAUGUGUUGUACAGGUGCAGUGCUGUGUGUCAUGACUGUCAAGCCUCAUCACAGUGUGAGAAUGUGUCAUAUCAACAGAAAACACAUCACUGUGCAGACGCUGUGCUGCAGGUUUAACGUCAAACAGGUUUAUUUCUCCUCCCACUCAUGUUAUGGUUGUUAGUGGUUGUUCUGUUUUUACAUUUUGAUUUCCACAGAAGUUUUCUUACAUGAGGAUUUCUUAGUCAUUUCUUACUCGUGCUGUACCUCGUGUCUUUUCUUUAUGAAUUACUGUAUAUUUGUAAAUAUAUUAACCAUUAAAAUGUUUUCUAUAAAGCAAA